AUGAAGUCCUUCAUCGCACCCGCUCUCCUCUCCCUGGCGUUGUCCACCUUGGGCGACGCCGCCUCCGUCCCAACCAAGGGCCUCGUACGUCGCGCAGACUUCUGUGACCAGUGGGGCACAGCCACGACCGACGAUUACAUUCUCUACAACAACCUCUGGGGCCAGGACGACGACCCAUCCGGCACCCAGUGCACGGGACUGGACAAGGUCGACGGCAAGACGAUCUCGUGGCAUACCUCGUGGUCGUGGGCCGGUACUAAGUGGCAGGUUAAGAGCUACGCCAAUGCCAAGUUGCAGUUUACUCCUAAGACUUUGAGUGCUGUUACCAGCAUCAAGUCUGCCUGGGAAUGGAGUUACUCUACCACCGAUAUCGUUGCUGAUGUCGCAUACGAUAUGUUCCUCAGCUCUACUCCCGAUGGCAAGGAGGAGUACGAGAUCAUGGUGUGGCUUGCUGCUCUGGGUGGUGCGGGCGCCAUCUCAUCCACUGGCAAGCCCAUCGCUACCGUCACCAUCAGUGGUAAGGAGUGGGAUGUGUACGUCGGUCCUAAUGGUGCCAUGACCGUGUACAGCUUCGUCGCCAAGGCUACGGUUACGAGCUACUCUGGAGACCUGAUGGACUUCUUCAAGUACCUCGAGAAGGACCAGGGUCUGAAGGAUAGGUUGUACUUGAUUGAUGUUCAGGCUGGUACUGAGCCAUUCACUGGUAAAGCCGAUCUGACUGUUUCAUCAUACACUGUUGCCGUUGUUUAA